AUGCCGCAUGUCACAGAGGACUCUAUCAACUCUGCUAUUAUCAUCAAUAUGUCUUUCAACCAAGCUGCUUAUUCAAAUUAUAUGAACCCACAACCGCUCAAAAUUCUUUAUAUGUGCAAUGUUGUAAACUGGUGCAUUUUUAGCCUAUAUUUGGCAAGUUUAGUGUGGUUGAUGAGUAUGCUGAUUAACUUCUUCGCCUUUGAGGGAGAAUUUAAGCAAAAGACUACACACUUCUUUAAAACUUGGAGUAAAAACCUUUUUAAGCAAUCAAGCAUGCGUGAAGCCUCAAAACAGAAACACGAACACGAUAUCGAAGGAUUGACCGGCUCCCACAACGGAGCAAACUGUAAGCCUGAGUACAUUUCGUCGCAUAUCCCAGGAUCUCUAUUCUUGAAAACAGCUGAACUAAAGUACUCCACCAUCAAUAAAGACAAUAAUGAUAACCAAUCUGUGGUCACGACAAUUUAUCCAACUCCAUCUACGUUGUAUAAUUUGUACGCUCAAAAUUCUGGAGUCAAGCAACAAUUCCUAGGUAAACAGCCAGUCAACAUCAGCAUGGUUCACCCAACAAUUGUCGACAGAAUUAAUCAAAUAUCUUCCAAUGAGGAUCGUUGUCCAGUGUGCAUCGAAGAAUUUCAAUGUGACGAUCUUGUGCAAACACUUCCAUGUAGUCACUACUACCAUACCAAAUGUAUUUCGGAAUGGAUAACACAGCAUGAAGAAUCUAAAUGUCCACUAUGUCAAUUUGAUAUUGAGGACAAAAUAUCGGUGGCUACCAGCAGCCCAGAGCAAGGUUACGGAAUGUAUACACCUGUUGUCCAUUGCUCUGAAAACUUAGAAUCUGGUGGGCUUAGUUCAGAGAAUGAGCUUGCCAACGUAGUGAAUGAAUUUGGAUCUGCAUGA